UUUUAAACACAAGCGCUGUAAAAUGUAGCGCUCCCACCUUAUGUUACAUGACUUUUAAAGCACUUUUUGUGAAAGCGCUGUAAAAUACAUGCGCUUUCAUAUGAUUAAAUGACUUAUUAGAGCACUUUUUAUACAAGCGCUGUAAAAGGCUUGCGCUUUAAAUAAAAAUCAUUCACUUCAAAUAAAUAACUCAUCAACCACUUUAAAUAAAAAUCAACCCUACGAACCCUCAUCUCCUCUACUAUGCGAACCCAGAUUUCCUCUACUGUGCGCCCAUCUACUGCUCCUCCCUUAAAACAAAUUGGAUACGUUGUUUCAGAUAAAUGGAUACCAACAAGGAUUUAGAUCGUCAAAAUGAGGAAGUUGUCAACACUAAGACUUAUGAAAAUGAAGUCAAACGUGGUGCAACCAUCAUGCAAAAUGUCAUAAAAGCAAGGAGUAGUGGCAUAAAAUUUGAGGUUGGAUGGAAUGAGAGUGGCCAACCAAUUGACCCGAACAGUUCCAUGUUUGUAAGUUAUAUUGGAGCUGUUGUCCGUCAGAAUAUCCCUAUCACAAUUGACGAUUGGAGAGAUAAGGCGUUGAAGGAUGCGAAAGAUAUAAUGUGGACUGAUAUACAAACUGCUUUUGCUGUUGACGAGGUGAGAAAGACUUACAUGUUGAGAGUUGCCAGGAAAAUACACCGGGGUUUUAGAUCUCACCUCUCAAAGUGCUAUAUAAAAGAUCGUGAAGGAAAUAUGAAUGAUGAAGCUCCAAAAAUAUAUAAACAUUAUAUAUCAAAUGAAGAAUAGAGCGCAUUUGUAGCAAAACGUUCAGACCCCGCGUUUGUGAAUAUAAGUAAGGCAAAUCGCGAGAGGGCAAAAAAUCCGACGCACCCAUACAAAAAAUCUCGUAUGCGAUAUGCACGUCUAAAGCAGAAAACUUCUACAAGACACCCAAUCCGAUCAACCGUUGGGUCGUCAUAUCUUGUGGA